UUAAAGAAGAAGAAGAGAAGGCUUCUCUCCGGUCUCCGACUGUAGUUGUACGUGUUCGAGGUCACUCAUUUCAAGAAUUAUUGAAAUACUGAAACCUUAACUAUGGCGGAUGUUUUGGACAUCGAUAACGCUGAGGAGUUUGAGGUCGAUGACGAAGGAGAUCAGGGUAUUGCACGUCUUAAGGAAAAAGCGAAGAAAAGGAAAGGUAGAGGCCAUGGCGCGGAAUUGGUGUCAACGAGAGAUGACGUUGGGCAUUAUGAAUCCAUGAAUUUGGUUGAAGAAGACGAUAAUGAACCUGGACCGCAGAGAUCUGUAGAAGGAUGGAUCUUAUUUAUAAAUUCAGUACAUGAAGAAGCACAGGAGGAUGAUAUUCAGGAUAAAUUCUCUGAGUAUGGUCAAAUCAAGAACUUGCAUUUGAAUUUAGAUAGAAGAACGGGAUUUUUGAAAGGCUAUGCAUUGGUGGAAUAUGAAACCUUUAAGGAAGCACAAGCUGCGAAGGAGGCUUUAAAUGGUACCGAAAUCUUAGGUCAAGCUAUCUCUGUCGAUUGGUGCUUCGUAAAAGGACCAAAAAAAAUCAGAAAAAGAAGUCACAGAAGGCGAUGAGAGUUAUAGAUUAUUCUUCUUAUGUAUCGUCAUUUCUGCAUCUAAUUAUCUUCUAUUAUGUAUCGUCAUUUGAAGUAAGACAAAGUUAUUUUAUAUUUGAUAAUCGUUUUAAAAAUGCUCAAAAUAACUACUUUCUUUAC